AUGAUCAUGUCGUCGUUGCCCGGACCCUCGUCGUCGCCGGGUCGCUCAUCGUCGGAGAGUCUCCUCAUCGUUCCAUCACAUUUUCCGUCCGCUCGUUCCUACGAUCCCUUCAACAGUUCGCUGCCCGGUCUGCCGAAUAACGUAGCGCCGACAAUGCAACACUGUAUCGAGUCUCUCGGAAGAGCCGGCAUAGAUCCGUUUCCGCCUCCUGAGCUGGGCUUAUGGUGUAAUGCCACUUGGGACACGGUUUUGUGUUGGCCGCCCACUCCAGCCAACACCUCAGUCACUCUUCCAUGUCCUCCAUUGAAAGGACUCGAUCCAAACAACGAUGUGUACAAGGUGUGCGAUGCGGCUGGGAGAUGGGCUGGGAAGAGGCCGGGGAAAUACGAAAACGCGUGGGGAUGGACGAACUUCACCGCUUGCUUUAAGAUCAAGUUCGAGGAUCUCAAAGAAAACAAUGCGCCAAAAAGCAUUGCAGAGAACAUCACAAAAGCGUGCCAUUGGUCAUCGCGAUGGAUGGGUCGAAACGAGACGGAUUUCGGUCGUGAUCACGGUUGGACGAAUUUCACAAUGUGCUACACGGAUGAAGUGAUCUACAUCAUGGAGCAUCUCACAAAUGGAUCACUCUCCAUUGCACAAGAUGUGGCAAAAAAUGCUCGAAAAUUGGAGUUCGUCGGACUAGGACUUUCUCUGAUUUCGCUGGUUGUUUCGAUUUGUAUUUUUUCGUAUUUCAGACGAUUGCGCGUCUUUCGAAAUCUUCUUCAUUUGCAUUUAAUGGUCGCGAUUUUAAUGGUUGUUAUUAUCAGAUUAAUUUUAUAUGUGGAUUUGAUAUUCACCGAUCGUCUAGGCCCACAACAAAAUCAUGGUGAUGGACGAACGAUUAACACUAUGGUAUUUGUUUGCGAAGCUAUGUACUUUUUACUUGAAUAUUUCAAAUCAGUCGCUUUUGAGUGGAUGUUUUUAGAAGGUUUCUAUUUACAUAAUCAAUUGGUAUUAACCGUUUUCUCGGCUGAACCCCGAUUACAACCGUAUCUUAUUGCGGGCUACGGUCUACCACUACUCCACACAUCAAUAUGGCUGCUUGCAUUACUCUAUAAAAAGGAUUUUAAAGUGGAACGAUGUUUGGGCUCGUACUAUUUGGAACCGGAAUUCUGGAUCUUAGAUGGACCUCGUUUACUUGAACUUGUGAUCAAUAGUUUCUUCAUUUUCAAUGUGAUUCGCGUUUUAUGGAGUAAAGUGAGAGGCGAAUCGCAUAACACCAGCGAGUUAGCGCUGAUCAGAAAAUCCGUGAAAGCGGCGCUGAUGUUGAUUCCUUUAUUGGGAAUACCGAAUAUCAUGCAAACGAUCCCUUUCUCGCCAACAAAGGAUAAUAUUAUGAUUUUUGCAAUAUGGACAUAUUGUGCAUCGUUCACGUACAUGUAUCAAGGGUUGAUGAUAUCAAUCAUUUAUUGCUUCACCAAUCGAGAGGUGAAUACGGUGAUCAAAGCGUUCUACUCGAGAUAUCGAUUACAACAUACGACAAGCACCGAAUUGAGAAGAGGCUCGCGCACUAUACCAUCGAAUUUUCAGACGAAAAACGGGACGAAACGAAAAAGCACCAGUACGCAGGCGAAUACGAUAGAGGAAGAUGUAACGACGGUGAUUGAUCAAUCGGAUAUGAAUGGAUCGUCGAAAUUGAGCCCGUUUAUGUCGACGAGAUCGAAAAAAGGCUCUGGAGACUCGACGGCACGACUUGUACUCCCGACAACUACUGAAGAGUACACAGUGGGCAACAAUAACGUGAAUGGGACACCGAACGGGUACGGGACAACUGAGUGGACACCGCUACGAGGCGAAAAGGGUAACAGUAAAAAAGCGUCAAAUGCCCGAAAUUCGCGUGACCGAAGUGCCUAC